AUGACAAAGGUAGAUGAAAGCGCGUCAGUAAAGUUCGGGCCUAAGAAGCGGGCGGCCAAGGCCACGUUGACUAGGUUUGAAACAUACAUUACGGAUACGGAACUCGAUGCGAUCGAAAUUGACGAAUUAAAGAUUAGAGUUGCGAGAUUCGAAGAAGCUUAUGAAACAUUUAAGGAUAUGCAGAUCGAGAUAGCUGCUAGUGAUAAUACGAUUUCGGUGCAAGAGUUGGAUGCAGAGGCAGAAAGCGUUGAGAAUAAGUACAUUAGAUUAAAAGUGGCAGCCGAAAGAAUAAUAAAGGAAAAAUUAAAGAUUGACGGCAACCAUGAAGACGCGGAACAAACGGUCGUAGAAGCGCGUGUCAACAUAGAGAAUAUAGAAACGCGUGUCAACAUAGAUAAUCACGAAAGGGUACCUGUACCGGCAUACAAUGCACAUGUAAGAUUGCCUAGAAUCGAAUUACCCACGUUUGCGGGUGCAUACGCCGAUUGGCACGCGUUCUAUGACAUGUUUAACUCCAUAAUACAUUCGAAUCGAGAUCUGAGCGACACUCAAAAAUUUCAUUACUUGAGAUCGUCGCUAAAGGGUGAAGCAUCCGAAGUCGUGUCGUCACUAGAAAUUUCGGGGAACAAUUACGCGGACGCAUGGGCUAGGUUGAAAGAGCGGUAUGAUAAUAAGAGGUUGAUAAUACAAAACCAUGUCAAAGCCAUUUUUGAUUUGCCAGUAGUGAGAAAGGAAAACAGUGUCGCCCUUAGGCAAAUUUUAGAUGGGGUGCUAAAACAUAAGAGAGCGUUACAAACGUUAGAUAGGCCUACUGAGCAGUGGGAUGAUUUGCUUGUACACAUCGUAGCUAGCAAGUUGGACAUUAGAACGAUAAAGGAAUGGGAAAAUACAAUAGAUCCUGUUGACAUUCCGAGUUUUUCAGGUCUUGUUGAGUUUCUAAAAAGGAGAUGUCAAACGUUGGAAGCGGUAGCCAAAACGGUGAAUAAUAGCGUAGCCGGUGCUAAUUCACGCCAGGCUAGUCAUCACAAGGUCAAUAAUUGCAAUGUUGCUACAAUCAACGCUAAAUGUACCUACUGCCAAGGUGAGCAUAACAUUUAUGCAUGUAAGGAUUUUAAGGGCCUAUCAGUUAACGAACGAGUUAAACACACGAAAUCCAAGGGUUUAUGUUUGAAUUGCCUCAGGGGCAAACAUCUAGCUAAGGAUUGUUAUGCCGGGCCUUGUAAAAUAUGCAGCAAGCGGCAUAACUCUCUAUUACAUAAUGAUAAUCAAAAGGAAAGGUCGGAAGUAAACUCAAAGGUAACGGAUGAGAAUAAGAAUGUUAAGGAUACUAGCGACAUCGUAUGUAGUCAUUCGAGUACUGAAAUAGCUCAGUCGAGUCAGGUACUACUAGCCACGGCUAUGGUAAAAAUACAGCAUAAGGAUGGGCAUUUUAUAGACGUCAAGGCGUUGUUAGAUAACGAUUUGCAAUGCGUGAUUUUACAAGCGAUUACGCAAAGAAUUCCUAACGUGAGGAUAGAUAGACAGCGGUUAGAUAUACCGGAAAAUAUUCGCUUGGCGGAUCCGCAAUUUUAUGUGCCAUCAGAAGUAGAAUUGUUGAUAGGAGCUGAGAAAUUCUGGGAUCUGUUGUGCGUAGGGCAGAUCAGGCUGGGUAAGGGGAAACCUAUAUUGCAAAAAACAUUGCUAGGAUGGAUCGUCGCGGGCAGGAUCGAUACGAUGAGAGGCAGCGACUCGCAAACUAACUGCUAUUUAAGUUGCACUCAGGAAUUAGACGAGGCGUUACAGAAGUUCUGGCAGCUAGAGAAUGUCGCGGAAGAAAAGGGGACGUUAACUGGAAGCUCGCCUUGCGAAGAACAUUUCCAGAAAACGCACUGUAGAAAUGAGCAGGGUAGAUUUGUUGUUAGGUUACCAAUAAAGGAAGAUGUAGCAUGUAACAUGGGCAAUUCCAAAGAUAUAGCGAUGAAAAGAUUUUUGUCCCUGGAAAGGAAAUUAAAUAAGAAUCCUAGUUUAAAGACAGAGUAUGUUAAAUUCUUAAGAGAGUACGAGGAGUUAGGGCAUAUGAGAGCUGUUGAUAUUUCGCAGAAUCCUGCAAAAAGAGUGUUUUUGCCACAUCAGGCAGUAGUAAAGGAGACCAGUGCGUCUACGAGGGUCAGGGUGGUAUUUGAUGCGUCUAGCAGGGAUAGCAAGGGAAUAUCGUUGAACGAUGCGUUACACAAGGGUCCUAUCAUACAAAGUGAUUUGUUUUCAAUAGUGUUAAGAUUUCGAUGUUUUAGAUAUGUUUUAAGCGCCGACAUAAUUAAAAUGUAUAGGCAGAUAUUAGUGCACGGGGAUCACACGCCUUUGCAAACAAUAUUGUGGAGAGAAAGUAAUGACGGACCGAUAAUGACAUAUGAAUUAGUAACCUUGACGUACGGUACAAGGCCAGCCUCAUUUAUAGCCAUUAAAUGUCUUCAGCAAUUAGCGGAGGAGGAAGGAAGUGAUUGUCCAUUGGCGGCUAGAGCGAUACGUGAAGAUUUUUACGUGGACGAUCUCUUGACAGGUGCUGAGACGGUAGAGGGACUUUUGCAAUUAAAAAAGCAGGUAACGGAUAUAUUGAGGAAAGGGGGUCUCGAAUUGCAUAAGUGGAAUAGUAAUGUUCCCGGUGUCAGAAAGGUUAGCGAUCAAGAUAACGAGGAGUUCGUGGAGUUAGAAAAAGAGCAGGAAUCAAAGUUAUUAGGCAUAAGGUGGAAUCCUAGGGAAGACACACUACAUUUCGUAGCGCCUGUACAAAAUAAAGAUAGCCGCGUGACUAAGCGGGCAAUACUGUCCGAGAUAUCUAGGCUAUUUGAUCCGUUGGGGUUAGUCGGCCCGGUAAUAACUUUAGCUAAGGUUUUAAUGCAGGAGUUGUGGACUUGUAGAAUAGGAUGGGAUGAUGCGGUGCCGAUGAGGGUGCACAAUUCGUGGUUGUUAAUCAGAUCACAGUUGUCCGCAUUGGAGUCGAUAAAAAUAAACAGAUUAGUGACCAAAGGUAGUGGCGCAGGCAAAAUUAGUUUACACGGAUUUUGUGAUGCGAGCGAGCAAGCGUACGGGGCAUGCAUUUAUAUAGUGUAUAGAGGAACGAAUAAUGAGAAUAGCACAGCCUUAAUAUGCUCAAAAUCUAGAGUUGCGCCGUUAAAGACUUUGUCGUUACCAAGGCUGGAGUUGUCCGGCGCCUUAUUGUUAACUAGAUUGAUGGGCAAAGUGAUGACUAGCUUGGGCGUGGAAGUGCAUAAUAAGUACUACUGGACUGAUUCGCAAAUUGUAUUGGCGUGGAUAGGAUCACCGGCCAGAAGAUGGCAAACGUUCGUAGCUAAUAGGAUAGGAGAAAUACAGAGCAGUUCUGCGCCGUACGAAUGGCGACAUGUAAAAUCGAAAGAAAACCCCGCGGACUUGAUAUCAAGAGGGUCAACUCCGGGAGUAUUACAGAAUUCUAGCUUAUGGUGGGAGGGUCCUACUUGGCUGAAGAAGGAAAACGAAUUUCCUAUAUAUAAUAACAAGGAUAUGGUGAUAAAUUCUCUACCUGAAAAACGCAAUGAAACUGUGACUGCGUUAGCCCGGGUGCGCGAGCCUGUAAUAAGUUUUGUUAGAUUUUCGUCGUUAGGAAAAAUAUUGCGCGCCAUGGUUUAUAUAUUAAGAUUUAUACAUAAUGCGAAGUGUGCCAAAGACAUGCGUAGGUUAGGAAAUAUAUUGGUUGAGGAAUUAAAAGAAGCGCGAGAUGUUCUGGUGGGCUUGAUUCAGGCGGAAACGUGGGAGACCGACAUCGGAAGGCUAAAGAGCAAGCAAGAGGUUGCAAAGGAAUCUAAGCUGGUUGGACUUAAACCAUAUUUGGACGAACGCGGACUGAUAAGGGUGGGAGGCAGACUGGAUCAUUCAUCGUUAACUCAAGAAACAAAGCAUCCGUUGCUGCUUCCUGCGAGUCAUCACUUUACAAGACUGGUUAUUCGGAGCAGGCACGAAGGAUUGUUCCAUGCUGGGAUUAACGCUACUUUAGCAUCAGUGAGGGAAGAGUUCUGGCCGAUACAUGCCAAAAACGAGGUAAAGCAAUGCUUGAGGGCUUCUGUAACAUGCCGUAAGGCCAAUCCUACCCCUAUACAACCAUUAAUGGGGCAAUUGCCGGAGGCGCGAGUGAACAUCUCCAGACCAUUCUCCAAGGUAGGAGUUGAUUACUGUGGUCCGCUGUUUGUGCGCGAUCGAGUAAAACGUAAUAGCAAGCAAUACAAGGCUUACGUGGCGAUAUUCGUAUGCAUGGCCACUAAAGCCGUGCAUAUUGAAUUGGUGGAGGAUAUGACGACGGAGGCGUUCAUCGGAACUUUGAAGCGGUUCAUAGCAAGAAGAGGGUUGCCGUCAGAUAUAUAUUCCGACAACGGACGAAACUUCGUGGGUGCAGAGCGUGAGAUACGGCAGCUGUUUGACGAUGCAGAGUUCAAGAGAAGAAUCCAUGAAACGACGGCUAAGGAAGGCAUAUCAUGGCAUUUUAUACCCGCCAGAGCACCACAUUUUGGAGGGUUGUGGGAGGCAGCUGUGAAGGCGAUGAAACGUCAUCUAAAGCGCACAGUUGGAGCCGCAUCACUCACCGUUACAGAAAUGAUAACCGUGUUGAGCCAGACAGAGGCAAUUCUAAACUCCAGACCUCUCACUCCAAUGUCUGAUGAUCCUAGGGAUCUGGAGGCUUUAACGCCUGGCCAUUUUUUAAUAGGAAGUGCAAUGAAGUCAUUACCGCAGUCGGGUGUUCUAGAUAUACCCAUAAAUAGAUUGUCAAGAUGGCAGCAUACCGACCAGAUUCAUCAACGAUUGUGGUCCAGAUGGUCGAAAGAAUAUUUGACCACGUGUCAGAAGCGAACAAAAUGGAAGAUUGAUGCCAAAUCCCCGAUUCGAACUGGGCAGUUAGUGAUGAUGAAGGAGGACGAAAUCAUGCCGUGGAGGUGGACUCUAGCUAGAGUAUUAGAAGAGCAUCGGGGCAAAGACGGAAUCGUGCGAGCAGUUACCGUGCGUACGGCUAGAGGAGAUUUCAAACGUCCCGUGGUAAAGAUGGCACCAAUCUCGGAGGAGUAG